AUGGCACGUGGUCCAGAAGUGAAGCGCCGACGAUUGAGUCCUCCAGCGGAUGUUGAGGACUCUUCUUCGCGCUCCAAGGCCAACUCAGAAUGGGAUGUCGAGCAAGACUACGAACAGCGCCCGCGCAAAACCACCAAGAAACUCGGCGAGAGUGCACGAUUGCCAAUCAAGACCUCCGAGGGCUUCGUCCAGGCCGAAACUAAAGUCGAAGAUCAAGGCGAGGAAACCGACAGCUUCUUGGGCACCGAUGAUGACGAAGACGAGGAUGGUUCCGAGGGUGAGGGCGAGGACGGAGAGGAAUCCGAGGAGGAAGCGCCUAAGAUUCCUAUAAAGGUACAAAUCCUGCAGGCAAAGGAGGACCUGGCGAAAAUGGCAACCUUGAUCAACGAGGAUCCCGAAGAACACAUCUCUCUGUUCAAGACAAUGGCCGAGAUGGUGUCGAAGAAAAACACCCCCAUCACAGUUAAGAAGCUGGCUUUGGCCUCACAGGCGGCUAUUUACAAGGAUAUCAUUCCCGGCUACCGCAUUCGUCCAUUGAGCGAGGAGGAUCAGACAGGCAGAGUGUCCAAGGACGUCCGCAAGCUCAGAGAUUUCGAACAGUCCCUUGUGCACGGCUAUCGGGCAUAUGUCCAGAAGCUAGGGGAUCUCGCAAAGCCAUCCAAAGCUGACGGUCCCACCGAUGCUGGACUCAAGAGCUUCGCAAUUUCGAUGGCUUGCACUAUGCUAUUGGCCGUGCCACAUUUCAACUUCCGCAGUGAGCUUCUGAAGAUCCUGGUCAACCGUCUGGCACGGAGACAGCCCGAUGCGGACUAUGUCAAGUGUCGCGAUACCUUGGAGGAUGUUUUCGCAAAGGACGAUGAUGGAACCGUUUCCCUCGAAGCUGUUCGUCUGCUUGCGAAGAUGCUGAAGGCCAGAGACUUCCACAUUCACCCCAGUGUCUUGGACACUUUCCUUCAUCUCCGUUUGCUCGGCGAGUUCCACUUGAAGGGCUCACAAAACAGAGUGGAUAAAGAAGAGGAAGAAACCCCCAUUGGAAAGAAGCAAAAGCAAAAGCGGGAAUUCCGCACGAAGCGAGAGCGCAAGGUCCACAAGGAGCGCAAGGAAGUCGAAAAGGAUAUGAGACAAGCAGAUGCCAUCGUAUCACACGAACAGAGAGACAAGAACCAGGCCGAAACACUAAAGCUUGUCUUCGGUCUCUAUUUCCGCAUUCUCAAGCUCCGCAUUCCUUCAUUGAUGGGUCCUGUGCUGGAGGGUCUGGCAAAGUAUGCCCAUCUUAUUAACCAGGACUUCUUCGGCGAUUUGCUCGAGGCCCUGAAAGAUUUGAUCAAUCACGCAGAGCGCGAGGAAAUGGGCGAGGAAGGCGAUGAGGAAGUCGUCAAUGAGGAAGAUGAGGAAGAGGAAAACAACGUCACAAUUGCCGAAAGCGCAGCCCGGGAUGCUCGCCGGAGGACGCUGCUCUGCACCGUGACUGCAUUCGCCCUGCUAGAAGGCCAAGAAGCCAGCAAAGCCGCAGCAGGUCUCCACCUCGACCUGAACUUCUUCAUCAAGCACCUGUACCGAUCCCUCUAUUCCCUCUCCAUGAACCCAGACGUCGAAUUCAACCCCGAUACAUCCCUUCGCCUCGCAGACCCCAACUUCUCCUCAGACGGCAACCAGCUCGCCCAGUCCCGUUCAAGGAACAGGGUCAACUUCCAGACUCCAAUGGUUCUCCUCCUCCGUUGUCUGCAGCCAACUCUGCUAUCCCGUGCACAUGGCAACCCACCCCCAAGCCGACUUGCGAGUUUCUCCAAGCGUCUGUUGACAAGUUCCCUCCAGUUGCCGGAGAAGUCUGCUCUUGCCACACUGGCGCUCAUGAACCAGGUCUCAAAACACCAUGCCCGUCGUAUCUGUUCCCUUUGGCACACAGACGAGCGCAAGGGUGAUGGUGUAUUCAAUGCCUUUGCCGCUGAUGUUGAAGCCACCAAUGUCUUUGCUGGCUCGGUGUGGGAAGGUGAGCUGUUGCGUCUGCACUACUGUCCCCAGGUGCGGGAGGCGGCAGUGGAUAUUGAAAAGAUGAUGUCUGCUUCUAAGUAA